AUGGUUUCUCAAGAUGACGAAUUCGUUGUUCCUCACAUGGAUUUAUCUUGUUUGCAAAAUUCAAUAGCAUAUCAAAAAGUUCUUGAAGAACCUUGGACUUACCUUCACAAUUGGGAUUCUCUUACUCCCAGUGUCCAACAAGAGGUUGCACAAAACUUUCUAAGUGAACUAAGCUCACUUAAAACUGAAAUGGCGAUUACCCAAGGUGUAUUUGAUCCUUCCAUGUUUGUUAAUCAGGAUGCUUCGUGUGAUACAGCAGUUUCUGGACAAAAUGGUAAUACAACAGAAAAUCAUGCAAACACCAUGUAG